GAAAGUAACGAUUUACAGCGUAUAGAGAGUCUUCGAGAUACCGUAAAAGUAAACAAUAUUGAUUUGAUCAUCGAAAAAUACGUUCCACCGCAACCUUAAAUCUCCUGACUUCGCAUCUUCUAUUUUCAGUGAUCGAACCAAAAAGAUGCCUAAACGAAAGCAACCGACUCCUCUGCAGAAGACGGUCCUCAACUUCCUGAUUAAAUUCGUCACGGACUAUUUCGUCAACCUCAGUCGUGUGGGGUCUUUGGACGAUCUUCGCCGAGGUGUUGCUGCAGUCAAGAAGGAAAUAUGCUGCCACAUUCCUCGUGAAUUGUCAGCAGAGUUUCAUCACAGAGUAAUCGAGAUAUUUCCACACCUGUCGGAAUUUCCGUGUAAAUUUUUUCCUGACAGCUACCUAAACGCUGUCCUGGAACUGAUAAUGGACGUGCCGAUUCCAGGACUAAAAUGCGAAGGUCUAAUCAUGGCUGGUCUGAAUCGUCGCGACGCGCAUCGUCUCGACGGCUUGACUGUUCUGAACUUGUCAUCUUAUCUCAAAAAAAUUCCCACGAGUCUCGGACGAUUUCACCUGCAGGAUUUGACGACGUUUAUCUACCGGGAACAUUGCACCGACGUUGACCUUAUCGUCAUCGGAGGAAACUGUCCGAAACUUGAGACCCUCGACGUUACCGACUCGGAAAAGGUCUCUGACCGAGGUUUGCAAGCACUUAGUCAAUGCUCGAAGUUGCGAACUGUUCGCAUUGCUCUAUGUCGCGUCACCAAUCGAGGCAUUAAAAAGCUGCUGUCUGAUCACAAAAGUAUAGAAAGAUUGGCCGCCUGGCCGGACAAUGGCUACGACGGGUUCAAUUGCUUUUUUUCCACUUCAUACUCGACGAAAUUUUCAUCGAUAAGCCGAUUCAACGUCGUGAUGAAACGUAUUGGAACCUCGCACCUAAAUUCCAUUGCAAACAAGUUUCCCAACUUGGCUUUUCUCGGGAUUCAUGGAUCUCUCUUAAAGGGCCUCGACCCCCUCCUGGCUUUCCGCAAACUCUCCAAGCUCGACUUGAGGGCUGCAACUGGUUGGAACUGGUCCAAUCUUAGUCAAGUAUUGGCGGUUAUCGGCGCUAAUAUAACCGAAUUGAAGACUGCCUCCAAUCGCGAAGACUCUGAACCGAAAUCUUUCAUGUCGCAGAGUGACUUGGAUUGCGUGUUCGAGUAUUGCGAGAAUGUUGAAUGGUUCAGUUUCGACUUUCUGCCCAAAAAACACAGCGAAAAAAUAAUGGUACCACCUUUUCCCAGGUUGACACACUUCCAUGGUCACGUACAUCAGAAACACGAUAUCACGUACAAAGUUCUCUUGAGAUUUGGGGCGAUGCUGAAGCUUGAGGAACUCCUCAUGAAUGGAUUUUAUAUCACCGUCAAUUUCAUAGAGUCUGUUAUUCUAGACAGCGCGAGAUUUCCAAACCUGACAAAGAUCAUGGUACCUGUGAUUAAUGGUUAUGACGGAAGUUUCAGUGACUUUUAUUGGAUCGCGACAGAGCGUAAUCUUGAUUUUAGGGUCACGGGCAUCUUGUAG